AUGCUCCCUACGCCCUGUACAUCCCACGUCGACUUCGACACGAUCUACGAACCCUCCGAAGACUCCUAUCUUUUCCUCGAUACCCUUUCUUCACCGUCCGAAUCAGCAUGGCUCACUCGGCGCUUCGAGAAAUCUUCAUCCCCCGAUCAAUCCACUGCCUCCCCGCUAGUCAUUGAAAUCGGAACCGGCUCAGGAGUCGUGCUCGGCUUUGUAGCGGCCAAUUCCCAAAUCAUCUUCGGACGGCGCGAUAUCCUCCCGCUAGGAAUAGACGUAAACCGGAACGCCUGUGUCGCGACCCGCGAAACAGCGAACAAAGCCAUCAAGGAACGACAAAGCAAUAAUGAAGGAUCCACGGGUCAGAAAACAGCAUAUCUUUCCUCCGUCAUGGCGGAUCUAGGGAGUUCAAUUCGGCCGGGCAGUGUGGACGUGCUCUUGUUUAAUCCGCCGUAUGUGCCUAGCGAGGAAUUACCGCGGUUACCUUCUGUUACGGAGCAGGAUGUCGACGAGACGGGAAUGUCGAAGUUGGCGAAGUUUGAGCGCGACUCGUACUUUUUGUCGUUGACGUAUGCCGGGGGCAGAGAUGGGAUGGAGACGACGGAUCGGUUGUUGGAGGAGAUUCCUGGGUUGUUGGAUCCUCGUCGGGGGGUGGCGUAUGUGUUGUUCUGUGCGCAGAAUCGGCCGCAGGAGGUGAAGGAGAGGAUCAGGGCUUGGGGCGAUGGAUGGCAGGCGGAGACGGUUGGGAAUAGCGGUGUGCAGGCUGGGUGGGAGAAGUUGGUUAUCGUUCGCAUAUGGAGGGAGGCGGCGUGA